AUGGUAUUGUUUCCCAACCACACAGAGACCCAGGUGACUGAAUUCCUAAUGAUCUGCUUCCCAGGGAUGCAGGACACCCAGCACUGGCUCUCUAUACCACUAGCUCCUCUCCUGGUUUUGGCCCUUGGGGCCAACUUUGUGUUAUUACUUGCCAUCCGACAAGAGGCCUCUCUGCAUGAGCCCAUGUACUACCUACUUGCCAUCCUCUCCAUGCUGGAUGUGAUUCUCUGCCUCACAGUCAUCCCCAAGGUCCUGCUCAUCUUCUGGUUCAACAUGAAGCCUAUCAGCUUUACGGGUUGCUUCCUGCAGAUGUUCAUCAUGAAUACCUUCCUUCCCAUGGAGUCCUCCACCUUCCUGGUUAUGGCCUAUGACCGCUAUGUGGCCAUUUGCCACCCUCUUCGUUACCCAUCUAUCAUCACUGACCAGUUUGUCAUUAAUGCUGCCAUCUUUAUUGUCUUCCGCAAUCUGCUGGCCACACUGCCCACCCCGGUUUUGGCUGCCAGGCUUAACUACUGUGCCAGCAAUGUGGUGGAGAACUGUAUCUGUGCCAAUAUUUCUGUAGCAAGGCUAUCCUGUGACGAUAUUCGCCUAAAUAAGCUCUAUCAGUUUGUGAGUGUCUGGUGCUUGUUGGGGUCUGAUCUGGUCCUCAUUUUGCUAUCCUACUGCUUUAUUUUGAGAGCUGUGCUGCGUCUGCAGUCAGGGGGUGCAGCCACCAAAGCCUUGAGUACUUGUGGGUCCCAUCUCAUACUUAUACUUUUCUUCUACACAUUGCUCCUGGUCUUCAUCUUCACAAACAAAGCAGGGAAGAAAGUGCCUUCGGAAGUUCCCAUUCUUCUCAAUGUCCUGCACCACCUUAUCCCACCAGCUCUCAACCCCAUAGUUUAUGGGGUACGAACUCAGGAAAUUAAACAGGGGAUUAUCAAGCUACUAAGGUACCAGCACUGA